AUGGGUAAGAAAAGCAAGAAGGGAAUCCUUGUUUAUUGGAAAGGUGGGAGUUUGGUUGCAAAUUUUGUAAGCAAUGGGUUAUGGAACAGGUGUGAGAAUGAUAGCCUUCCAAGUAUAAAAUGGGUUCUUGGGCUUGCAAAGGCUGCAGUCUUAAGACAUGGGGUGCAUGGAAUAGUGAUUGAUCCAUACAACGAGCUCGAUCAUCAGCGUCCAGUAAGCCAGUGA